CUUGUCUAACCAGUUGCCGUUACCCAACGUUCACUUAUAGUCAUGCGUUUCUUCGCUCUGAUCGCCCUGUGCCUGGUCGCUCUUUUGGCCCUGACUGCUGCCGAAUCAUCAGUCUGUGCCUGUCCCCGUAAUUACCAGCCCCUCUGCGGAUCCGAUGGCAAGAAUUACUCCAACCAGUGUGACCUGAACUGCGCCGCUAAAGAAAAAGGACGUACUAUAACUGUGGCCAAGAAGGGACAUUGCUAAGAGGGAGACUUAUAAACCAAAUUGUAUUGAAGGACCUAAGAAUUGAGAAAAAUAAUUACUUGCCAGCUUUAAAAUUUCAUUGUUAUAUUUAUGGGAAGGUUUUAGAGACGAAAUUAUCGUUUCUGUUUAGCUUAAUAUUUGAGAAGGGAGGCUUGUAUACUUUAGUUUAAAUGUGAUUUAUCGUCGUUGCACUUCUCUAUUAAAAUUUAAAUUUGUAAAAAUAUUCUCCAAAAUAUUUAGUCUCAUCUAUUUAAAUUAUUUAAUAUGUACAUUAAAAAAAAACCAAACCUUCCACAUUUGGUAUAACAUUGUUUAAGAUGUUGUGAGUUGUCACAAGUAACUUAUUAGAUUUAAA